GGUGGGUGGGUUAUCCAAUAAACCACUGGCAAGUCCUCUACGGCCAACAUUUGUCUAUGCGUCACCGGUCGCGCCGGUUUCCUCGAUUGGACUCAUCGGGACCCAGCCAAAACGUAACGCAGGUAUCCGGGCGGGUAGGAACAUCACCGGGUAAGAGAAGAAGCCCAAAGGGGCAAUUCUUCCAUCUCCCCACGUAGGGCUUCAAAUCUAGCGGCCACGGCGAAGAUUCAUUUGUCGCGCACAGAACCCUCCCUUCUCCUUCUCCUCCUUCUCAUCCGCAUCUCCGGUUUACCCAUCGUCCUCUCCUUCUCCACGGAAGUUCGUCUUGGAAGAGAUCUACACCCAAUCUCCUGCCUCGCUGCUCCAAUCUCUUUCAGGCCGCUCGAUCUCAUCCGUCUUCGUGCAGAUCAAAAGAUUUUUGAGAAGACAGGAGCGAGGGAGAGGGAGAAGGAAAAGGGCGUAACUCCUAGAUCUGAUGCGCUUAUGAGCCUCCGCCAACGCCCCACCCGGCCCGGCCCGGGCGCCACCCAUGGCCCCGGCGCCGGUCCCGCGGCGCCGCCCCGCACCGCGGCCGCGCCGCCUGUCGCCGGAGAGGGGGAUGAUGAGGUCUACAACAUCAUCCCCAUCCACAAUCUCCUCGCGGAUCACCCGUCGCUCCUCUUCCCCGAGGUGCGCGCUGCCAUGGCGGCCCUACGCACCGUCGGGGAGCUCCGUAAGCCGCCCUUCUCCCGGUGGCACGACGGCCUCGACCUCCUCGACUGGCUCGGCGCCUUCUUCGGCUUCCAGCGCGACAACGUCCGCAACCAGCGGGAGCAUCUCGUCCUCCUCCUCGCCAACGCCCAGAUGCGCCUCCAGCCGCCGCCGGACAACAUCGACGUCCUCGACCAUUCCGUCGUGCGCCGCGUUCGCAAGAAGCUCCUCCACAGCUACACCUCUUGGUGCGCCUACCUCGGCCGGAAAUCCAAUGUCUGGAUCUCGGACUCCGGCCUCCGCCGCGUCGCCACCGACCCCCGCCGCGAGCUCCUCUACGCCGCCCUCUAUCUCCUCAUUUGGGGCGAGGCCGCCAACCUCCGCUUUGUCCCCGAGUGCCUCUCCUACAUCUUUCACCACAUGGCCAUGGACCUCAACCGCAUCCUCGAGGACUACAUCGACGACGCCACCGGGCAGCCCGCUCUCCCCGCCAUCUCCGGUGAGAACGCCUUCCUCGCCCGCGUCGUCACCCCCAUCUACGAAACCAUCAAGCGGGAGGUCGACGCCAGCCACAACGGCACCGCCCCCCACUCCGCCUGGCGCAACUACGACGACAUCAACGAGUACUUCUGGAGCAACCAUUGCUUCGACCGCCUCCGCUGGCCGCUCGACCGCUCCAAGAACUUCUUCGCGACGCCGCCCACGAAGAACCGCGUGGGAAAGACGGGCUUCGUGGAGCAGCGCUCCUUCUGGAACCUCUACCGCAGCUUCGAUCGCCUCUGGGUCGUGCUCAUCCUCUUCCUUCAGGCGGCCAUCCUCGUGGCGUGGCAUGGAGACACGUACCCGUGGCAGAAUCUCCGGACUCGCGACGCCCAGGUACGCGUCCUGACCAUCUUCAUCACCUGGGCCGGCCUCCGCCUCCUCCAGUCCCUCCUCGAUGCCGGCACCCAGUACGGCCUCGUGUCGCGUGACGCCAAGUUGCUCGGUGUGCGGAUGGUGCUCAAGAGCCUCGCCGCUGCGGCGUGGACUGUUGCAUUCGCCGUCCUCUAUUCCCGGAUCUGGGACCAGCGCAACCGCGACCGGCAGUGGUCGACGGCUGCAAACCAGCGGCUGGUGAACUUUUUGGAAGCCGCUGCUGUGUUUGUCCUCCCGGAGCUGCUCGCCAUCGUGCUCUUCAUCAUCCCUUGGCUCCGCAACUUCCUCGAGAAGACCAAUUGGAGGAUUUUCUACAUCCUCACUUGGUGGUUCCAGAGCCGUACCUUUGUUGGUAGAGGACUGAGGGAAGGUCUAUUCGACAAUGUCAAGUACUCUCUGUUCUGGGUCGUGCUCCUUGCUGUGAAAUUCUCCUUCAGUUACUUCCUGCAGAUCAAGCCUAUGGUCACCCCGACCAAAGCCAUACUCCGCCUUCAAAACGUCCAAUAUGAGUGGCAUGAGUUCUUCUCUCGUACAAACCGGUUUGCGGUGUUCAUCUUGUGGCUACCUGUCAUCCUGAUCUAUCUAAUGGACAUCCAGAUCUGGUACUCAAUCUUCUCUUCAUUGGUCGGGGCCCUGGUUGGCCUGUUUGCGCAUCUUGGGGAGAUUCGUGAUGUGCAACAGCUGAGGCUGAGGUUUCAGUUCUUUGCUAGUGCAAUGCAGUUCAAUCUGCUGCCAGAGGAGCAGCUAUUCCAGGACCAUGGUACACUGAGGAGUAAGUUCAGGGAUGCUGUCAACCGGCUGAAGCUGAGGUAUGGCUUGGGGCGCCCAUACAAGAAGAUCGAAUCGAAUCAACUGGGUCCCAGCAGGUUUGCAUUGAUAUGGAAUGAGAUUAUUCAGACAUUCAGAGAGGAGGAUAUUUUGAGCGACCGUGAAGUGGAGCUUCUUGAGCUUCCACCCUAUACAUGGAAUAUCCGGGUGAUCAGGUGGCCGUGCUUGUUACUCUGCAAUGAGCUGUUACUUGCACUCGGCCAGGCAAAGGAACUGAAGGCUGAUGACAGAAAACACUGGAGAAAGAUUUGCAAGAAUGAGUAUCGCCGCUGUGCAGUCAUAGAGGCCUAUGACAGUGUCAAGUACUUUCUGCUGGAGAUCAUCAAGGAGGGAACUGAGGAGCACUCCAUUGUUGCUGGAAUGUUCGAGGAGUUUGAUAGUUGCAUUCGGGUUGAGAAGUUCUCGGUGGAAUAUAAUAUGGGUGUUUUGCAGAGUAUCUAUGACAAACUGGUUGUCCUACUGGGUACAUUAGUCAAGCCAAAUAGGAAUAAGAACAAAGUGGUCAACACAUUGCAGACCCUCUAUGACAUAGCUACCCGUGACUUUCCUAAGAACAAGAAGAGCAUAGAGCAACUUAAAGAUGCAGGGUUGGCACCAACCGGGUCAAGCGGUCUGCUCUUUGAGAAUGCUGUUGAAUUGCCCAGUGCAGAAAAUGAGAACUUCUACAAGCAGGUAAGGCGGCUGCAUACAAUUCUUACAUCCAAGGAUUCCAUGAAUAAUGUUCCAAAGAAUCUGGAGGCCCGAAGGCGUAUUGCUUUCUUCAGCAACUCAUUGUUCAUGAACAUGCCACGAGCUCCACAGGUUGAGAAGAUGAGGGCCUUCAGUGUUCUGACUCCAUAUUACAACGAGGAAGUUUUGUACAGCAAGGAGCAGCUUCAGUCAGAGAAUGAAGAUGGCAUCUCUAUCAUAUUCUAUUUGCAGAAGAUUUACGAAGAUGAUUGGUCAAACUUUUUGGAACGUAUGCGGAGCGAAGGAAUGACUGAUGAAGAGGAGCUAUGGGGUAAAAGGUCGAGGGAUCUUCGGCUUUGGGCCUCAUAUAGGGGUCAGACGUUAUCACGCACUGUGCGAGGGAUGAUGUACUACUACAGGGCUCUCAAGAUGCUUACCUUUCUUGAUUCUGCUUCUGAGAUUGACAUAAGGGAGGGGUCGAGGGAGCUACAAUCAGUUGGUUCAUCAAAGAGGCAGAAAACUGAAUUAGAUGAUUCAGAGGAUGGUGGCAAGUCGCCAUCACGAAGCCUGAGCAGAGCUAGCAGUGGCGUCAGCUUGCUGUUUAAAGGCCAUGAGCAUGGAACUGCCCUAAUGAAGUAUACUUAUGUUGUUGCCUGCCAGAUUUAUGGGAACCAGAAAGCAAAGAAUGAUCCACGUGCCAAUGAUAUUUUGUAUCUAAUGAAGAACAAUGAGGCCCUUCGUGUGGCCUAUGUUGAUGAAGUGAAGUCAGGCAGAGAUGAAGUGGUCUAUUAUUCAGUUCUUGUUAAGUAUGAUCAGCAAUUGCAGAAAGAGGUGGAGAUAUACCGGGUCAGGUUGCCUGGGCCACUGAAGCUUGGAGAAGGCAAGCCAGAGAAUCAGAACCAUGCCUCCAUAUUUACGAGGGGUGAUGCAGUUCAGACGAUUGACAUGAAUCAAGACAACUACUUUGAAGAGGCCCUCAAAAUGCGCAAUCUGUUGGAGGAGUAUUCCUACAAGUAUGGUUCUCGGAAACCGACAAUCUUGGGAGUCCGAGAACAUGUUUUUACUGGUUCUGUCUCUUCCCUUGCUUGGUUCAUGUCUGCUCAGGAGACAAGCUUUGUCACACUUGGACAGCGGGUUUUGGCAAACCCUUUAAAGGUUCGUAUGCAUUAUGGCCAUCCUGAUGUCUUUGAUCGCCUUUGGUUUCUGAGUCGAGGUGGCAUUAGCAAAGCUUCCAGGGUCAUUAACAUUAGCGAGGACAUAUUUGCAGGCUUUAAUUGUACACUUCGUGGUGGUAAUGUUACCCACCACGAAUACAUCCAAGUGGGUAAAGGACGGGAUGUAGGCUUGAAUCAGAUAUCUAUGUUUGAAGCCAAGGUUGCUAGUGGCAAUGGUGAACAGACCUUAAGCAGAGAUGUUUAUAGGUUGGGUCAUAGGUUGGACUUCUUUCGAAUGCUCUCUUUCUUCUACACAACUGUGGGGUUCUACUUUAACACCAUGAUGGUGGUACUGACUGUUUAUGCAUUUGUUUGGGGACGACUUUAUCUGGCUCUUAGUGGUCUUGAGAAUUCUAUCAGUAACAAUGCUGACUCUACGAAUAAUGCAGCUCUGGUUACUGUUCUUAACCAGCAGUUCAUUAUCCAGCUAGGCCUUUUCACAGCCUUGCCAAUGAUUAUAGAAAACUCCCUAGAGCAUGGCUUUCUUCCUGCAAUAUGGGACUUCUUCACAAUGCAGCUCCAGCUUGCAUCCAUGUUCUAUACCUUCUCUAUGGGAACUAAGACCCAUUAUUAUGGGCGUACAAUCCUUCAUGGUGGUGCAAAGUAUCGUGCUACAGGACGUGGUUUUGUUGUCGAGCACAAGAAAUUCGCUGAGAAUUAUAGACUCUAUGCGCGUAGCCACUUUAUCAAAGCAAUAGAACUUGGAUUAAUAUUGACUGUUUAUGCUUCUUAUAGUGCUAUUGCAAAGAACACUUUUGUAUACAUAGUGCUGACAAUCUCGAGCUGGUUUCUGGUGGUAUCAUGGAUCAUGGCUCCAUUUGCAUUCAACCCAUCUGGUUUUGAUUGGUUGAAAACUGUUUAUGACUUUGAUGAUUUCAUGAACUGGAUUUGGCAUCCUAGUCGCAUUUCUGCAACAUCUGAUCAGUCUUGGGAGAAAUGGUGGAAUGAAGAAAAUGACCACCUUCGGACAACUGGUCUUUGGGGGAAGCUACUGGAGGUAGUAUUAGAUCUCCGAUAUUUCUUUUUCCAAUACGGUAUCGUAUACCAGCUAAAUAUUGCCAGUGAGAGCCACAGUGUUUCUGUGUAUCUGCUUUCAUGGAUUGGUAUUGUUGCAGCUGUUGGGAUUUUUGUUGUUGUGGAUUAUGCCCGAGACAGAUAUGCUGCAAAGGAACAUAUUACAUAUCGUGCCAUCCAAUCCUUCGUAAUAGUCUUUGUGAUACUUGUGAUCGUUUUGUUGUUCGAGUUCACAUCCUUUGAGUUUAUUGAUAUCUUUACAAGCCUGUUGGCAUUUAUUCCAACCGGUUGGGGUCUAAUAUUAAUUGCUCAAGUGAUCAAACCAUUUAUUGAAUCCACUGCUCUAUGGGAAACUGUGGUUUCCAUGGCUCGGUUCUAUGACAUCUUGUUUGGGGUGAUUGUGAUGGCACCGGUGGCAUUUUUGUCCUGGAUGCCUGGUUUCCAGGAAAUGCAGACGAGGAUUCUCUUUAAUGAAGCAUUCAGUCGAGGUCUCCAGAUAUCACGAAUUCUUACUGGGAAAAAACAGGACACAAUUUGAGGUAUAUAUCAUGAUCAUGCUUGGUUACCGGAGAUACUCCUGAACGGCUAGCGGUCUCUCUGUUUCUUGCAGGUGGAAACACCUGCGGUCUUUGUUAUUUUUUGCUUUUGUAUCUUAUCGAGCUGGUAUUCCCUUAGAUUGGAUGGUGUGUCUCUCAUUUGGAACUUGACAUCUCUGUUCUAAUAGGCUUUCCCUGGCAAAGAUCUGGAAAAAUUGAGAAUUAUUAGACUAAUGAAGCUACGAUGUGGGUGUUGAUAUUUUUUAUUCAUAACGUUCCCUGGAGCUUUUCUUUCUUUUCUUUCAGUUAUCUCGGUUUGUAUCUAUGAACACACGUCUUUCCCUGAGGACCUCGAGAUUAGGAUCCACCAAGUUCUGUUAAAGUACACUCAUUCUAGCAAGUGGCAGGCAAAUUUCUGAUGAUGGGGCUUCCCAUGCACCGAUCAAGUCCCACUCCUGUAUGUUGCAACAAGUCGAUAAGCAAGAUGUUUUCAGUUCAGUGUUUGUGCAGCCAAGUUUGAUGAUGGGCAGCGUAACAGAAUGCUUACUGUUGGGUGUUAGAGACUUCUCUUCUAGGAUGCUUAUGCAUUGUAAUUAAUCUCUAUUUGAGUUUCUUUGGCUUAUUUAAUCUCUUGUUUAUAUCAGACUUUAUGCUUUGUAAUUAAUCUCUAUUUGAGUUUCUUUGGCU